AUGGAUAUGAGGGAAAGACAGAAGCAUCAGCCUCGACGUAAAAAGCAGUCAUUUUCGUCGUCUCUCCUCGAUGCCAUUUAUCAUUCUAUUGAUGAUUCAAAAGGCCUAGAAGAACAAGAAGUGGGAGAUUUUGUACUUCGUGGAAGAAACAAUGUUGCAAAAGUCGAAGAAAAAAUCGAAAGCUGUAGACGGGCAAUCAUGAUCGAAAAAUGGAUGGACAACUACAGCAGCAUCACUCCAAGGCACUUUGCUUCAAACUCAGGCUCAUCCUCUAAAUUCGAGUCGUCGUCACUUUUUACAGGGCAGAAACUGAAUCAACGUCGAAAUCUCAUUCUUGAAAGGCCCUGCAAGAUUUCACCAUUGGAUAUGGAUCGAAAAGGAGGGUUCAUGAGAACAAAAUCAAAGAUUUUCCGAGAGUCGAAGAAGGUGAAAGAGCCCUAUUCACCAGGUGCUAAAAUUGCCAACUUCUUGAAUUCUAUUUUCAGUCCAAGAAAUCUGAAGAAAAAUAAGGGCGUGGAGGAAUGGAGUUCAGCGAGGAAAUCUAAAUCAAUGAAGGACACAACAACAUGCUCCUUGGCUUCAAGAUCUUGCUUAAGCAGAACAAUGUCUUUGAGAGCCAAUAAAUCCAAAAAAUCUGUCCAAUUUUCCUCUGUCAGCAAUACUAUUGUAGAAUAUAAUGUUGGCAGCAACUUCAUCAACAAAAACAGAGACACUUUUCGGGAUUACGAGGGGAAGAAUUUUCGAAAGCAUGAAUUCAGAGAGAGAUAUGAAGAUGAUAGUGAUGUGGAUGAUAAGAGUUGUGCUAGUUCUGAUCUUUUUGAGCUUGAGAGUAUUGGCAGGGUUGGAAUUAGAUCAUAUGAAGAAGAUUUGCCAGUUUAUGGAACUACAAGUCUUAAAAUGAACAAGGCCAUUGCUAGUGGAUUAGUUAUGUAG